AGGAAGCUGAAGGAGACGUUGGUCACAAUUCAGCAGCUUGAUAAGAACAUGAGCAACCUGCGAACAUGGCUGUCCUGCAUUGAGGCAGAGCUGACCAAGCCCGUGAUAUACAACAUGUGCCACAGUGAGGAGAUCCACAAGAAGCUUGCUGAGCAGCAGGAUUUGCAAUGGGACAUUGAGCAGCACGCUGACAGCGUGGCAUUGGUGCUAACGCUGUGUGAUGUAUUGCUCCACGAUGCUGAUGCAUGUGGCAAUGACUCAGCAAGUGACUUGAUCCAGCAGACUGCUCGCAGCCUGGACUGUCGCUGGAGGAACAUUUGCUCCAUGUCCAUGGAGCGGAGGCUGAGGAUUGAGGAGACUGGGCAUCUUUGGUGUAAGUUCUUGGAUGAUUAUUCUCAUUUUGAAGACUGGUUGAAAGCAUCUGAGCUCACUGGAGCCAACCCCAAUUCCUCUGAUGUCCUCUACACCUGUGCCAAAGAAGAGCUUAAGAAGUUUGAGACAUUCCAGCGGCAGGUUCAUGAGCGGCUAACACAGCUGGAGCUUGUUAAUAAACAAUAUCGCCACCUGGCCCGGGAGAACUGCACAGAUGCUGCUUGCAAGCUUAAGCUCUUGGUUCAUGAUGGAAACCAGCGAUGGGACUUCCUACAGAGAAGGGUGGCAGCUGUUCUCCGCAGGCUAAAGCACUUUACCUUUCAAAGAGAGGACUUUGAAGGAACCCGUGAAGGGAUUCUUGUCUGGCUUACAGAGAUGGACCUGCAGCUCACCAACGUGGAGCACUUCUCUGAGAGUGACAUCGAAGACAAGACUAGGCAGCUGAGAGGCUUCCAGCAGGAGAUCACUCUGAACACCAACAAGAUUGAUGCCCUGAUUGUUUUAGGGGAGAAUCUAAUCCAGAAGAGUGCUCCACUGGAUGCUGUGCUGAUCGAGGAUGAGCUGGAGGAGCUUCACUCCUACUGCCAGGAGGUGUUCGGCAGGGUGGCUCGCUUCCAUCACCGCCUCAUCAACAGAAGACCGGUUCUGGAUGAGGAUAGGGAGAUAUCAAACCAUGAAACAGACCUGGACCAAUCCUCCUGUGAGACCAAUAGGAUAGUUCCAGUUUUGGGUGGAGUCUCAGCUGGACGGCAGGCCAUGUCCCACCUGCUGAUACCUCCGCUAGAACGAUCAGGAAGAGAAACCCCCGUCAGCGUGGACUCCAUUCCCCUAGAGUGGGACCACACUGUUGACGUAGGAGAGUCAACAUCGCACGAGGAUGAAGAGGAUGCCUCAUUGUUCAGUGCUUUGUCAGUGAAGUCAGUUACGCAGCGUCCCAGCUGGCACCACCCCAGCUUCCUAGAGAGGAAACGUGUCUGCAGAGAAAUCCAUAGUCUGAGCACCAUGCCAGCUCACAACAGCAGCUCUUCACGACAUCAGGGAGGCUAUACAAAGUUCAUGUCAGACUGCAGUGGGAGCAUUAACAAUGUGAAAAGAGUCAAACUGAUCCUCAAUGAUGACCAGGAAGUCGAGGAGGCAGGUCUGAGCAGCAGCACAGCCAGCGGCACAGGUGGGAUUGAAUGCUGGGAGUUGCAGCAAACCCGAAAGCCCACUGCUGAGACAAAGGUUAAAUGUCAUGACCUUGAGCACUGGCACAAACUCAACUCUGACCUCUGUGAUGUCACCUCCUGGCUGGGCAGGGUGCUCCCUGAGCUGGAGAGACUGCAGCACAUUGCUCCAUCCCCCAGCAUCCAAGACAUUGAGGUCAACAUCAAGAAACUCAAAGAGAUGCGGAGGACCUUUAACACCUACAAGUGUCUGAUGAUCUCUGCCAACUUGAGCAGCCAUUACUUCCUGCAGGCUGACGAUGCUGAGCUCCAGGAGCUGCAAGAGGCUCUGUGCUCAACCAAUCACAGCUGGACUCAGGCCUGCAGCACUCUACAGAGCUGGGAGAGGAAGCUACAUUCUGCUCUCAUGCAAUGUCAGGAGUUUCAUGAAGCAUUGCACUCACUGCUAUUGUUGCUCUCUCAAGCUGAGAACAAGUUGCAUGCUGUAAACAUUUUCAAGUUGUCAAUUCCACCGUCUACCCUGAUCCAGCAGCAACACACGCUGAUGACUCUGCAGGAGGAGCUUCAUUCCAGACAUCGUCAGGUUUCAGCUUUGCAGGAGAUCUCUUCCCAGCUCCUGUUGGAAGCCACUUCUGAGGAGAGUGUAGAGGCCAAGGAGAAAAUUCAUGUCAUUGGCAACAAGCUUCAUGUGUUGCUGCAGAAGGUAGCUGCAGCCCUGUGUUCACUGCAGGAAAUAGUGGAGGAGGCUGGUUUUCAGGCAGCUACACCUAUUAGGGGAGAGAGAAGAGAUCUGUCCCUCCAUCGACCUUUGCUCUGCUGGAUCAUACGAGCUGUCUUCUCCCUCCACAUGCUGUUCCUGGUGCUGCUGGUCCUAGUCUUUCUGGUACCGCUGUCUGACCAGGACCACAGCUGUAGUCUGUCCAACAACUUUGCCCGAUCCUUCUACCCAAUGCUGCACUACACCAAUGGCCCUCCACCAACAUAAGAGCUGCCAACCCAAGACACCUGUGUCAGAGAUCUCAGCCAUACUCUUUACUAUAUCGUAGUUAGAACUACCGUUCUCCUACACAGAACAAGUGAUGUGUUUUUUGUUAUAAUUAUUCCCUCGGGAUUUAAAAUAGAUUGUUUAUUAUUUUAAUCUAAAGCCAUAUUGGUUUAUUUUGAAAUUUUGUAAUUUUUAAACCAACAUUUUUCCACAUGAAGACCCUGCUGCAAUAAACUAUAUGACACAAAUAAAGUCCCAAAAUACAUUCUAAUAUAUUAUAAUAUAUAUAUACAAUAUAUAAUAUAUAAACAAACGGGGUGCAACUUAGAAAUAUUCUAAUAUUUCUAAGUUGCACCCCGUUUGUUUUUCAAUAACUGCCCUUCAUCCUUUUCCACAAACAACACAAAGUGUCAGCAGAGGAAGAGGAGUAGCACCCUUUUAUAUCACUGCCAGUUUGUUUUGUUUCAGAAGGCACAAACUUUUUAUACACUAUUAAAAUGAAUGUUCUUUGCUUAUAAUAUUGCUGUUUCAAAAGAUGACAAAGUGGAGAUGUUUUUUAAAUGCACGGAAUCCUCUAGAGACAACAAGUAGCAUAACUGUAGAUGCAAUAAUUCUGAAUGUGGAUUAUGAUGGUUAAAAUGCAUUUUAAAGCCAUUGCAUUAUUUCCUUUUGAAAAAUACAAAAAGACACACAUUUGUUCUGAUUGUCAUUUUUGAAAAUUUUCCUGUUAAGCAGAUUGUUGACUCUAAUUUGACAACCAAAGAGUUGAAGAGUUAUGCUUUGGCCAUAGUUGACCUUUUUGAGGAUUUUAGUCAAGUUAUGCUCCAUUUUAUUGUCUGAUGCUUUCAGUAAACAUAGACAGGAAGUGUUAGGUUGAAGCUGACAUUUCAACCUGACUGAAGAUGGCUUACCCCCUUUUUGUGAAGGCUACCAGGGGAAUAUGGGCUAUUUAGAUAACAAAGCAAGAGCUGACCUCAUUUUCUACAACAUUUACAUUCUAGCCAUCAGGUAGAAGUCAUGGUCAGGAUUAGGAAAAGGAGAGCCCAGAUAUUACCAGCUGUUAUCUGGGCCCCCAACAGAGAACUGUUGGGGGCCCAGUCCAUCAACCUGGAGGUGUCAGAGUAGAGGUACACAUCCAUCUAGCCUUAGGAGAAGGUUUGGCUAUUUCCUGGACGUAUUUUAGAACUGAGUUUUCCUGCUUUGAAGCCCAGCCAACAAAAAUGGAAGGGGGUGUUGAGCAUCCCUGUGUAGCAGGAUGGUGUUCAUUUGUUCUGGUUGCAAAAACAUCUGGAACUGACCUGACAAAACAAGUGUAAUUUAAGAGUUCUCUUGAAUGUUGCUGUGAAGAUAAACCAACAAAGUUCCCCCAAAACAUAAAUCUGUUUAGAUAAAAGCAUCUCACAGACAUUCUGUAAAUAUAAAUAGAAGGUUUGAAUGUAGCCACUCUAAAGGCAGACAGAAUUGAAACAGACAAGAAUUGUAAAGUUGUUUUAUUUUAGGAUCUUUUAUUUAUGAGAUGCAGAGAUUCUCAUUUUUACCCGAUAAUAAACUGCUAUUUUGCUGUUCUAUGCUUGCAGUGAUUCUGGGUUUAAGAAAAAGUUUUCCUGACAGACAAGUUUGACAGACAUUAACAUUAGCAAGACCUGAUAUUUUCAGUAAUUGUAGACAAGGUGAUCUCAGCAUCUGAUCUGGUCAUAUGUGUCCGUGCGUGUGCAAGCUAAAGACAGGAUAGAAAUAAACCAUGACACAAAGGCUGAAUUUACACAUUUCAUGGAUAAACAUAUAAAAAGCACCUUAAUGUUACAUAUUCAAGAUAUUUGGAAACAGCAGUUGUUCAGUAUACACACAAUCCCAAAAGUUUUAUAUCUGCGAGCUAUGAGUUUAUGAACAACUCUCAUAAUAUCCUUAUUUUCUACAGAAGGCACAACACAAGAACUUUAAUUUUAAAAUAAAAGUGAAAAAGAUUUCAAACCAGUAUGAAAUUCCUGGCAUUUUUUACAACACAUAAAGUUAAUUAAAGCAAACCCAUGUUUACUCACAGCAAGAGAGCUUGCUAUGAGUAGAAGAUCAUCUGCAUAUCAUCAAAGGACAAUGAAUUAUGGAUGAGCACUUAUAUUGUUUAUCAUAAUAAUUUUUUAUAAGACUUUUAUGUAUCAUUGUCAUGAUAUAAUUAAUGUUUAAAAGCCCCUAAAUCUGUCUGCAUUUUCAGAUUUACUAUUUUUCACAGCUUGUUCAUUAAAGGUGUAUUAAUAAAAUGCUGUUACUGUGUGCA